AUGCGUUGGUGUUCAUUUUUGACGAUUAUUAUUAUUAUUUCAUGGAUAACGGUACUAAUUUUUGUUGUUACACAUAUUAAUCAAAAGUCAGUUUUUCAAGUUCAAAACACUAGCUUAUCAAAACUAUCGACAUUAGUAAAUCGAAAUAAUGAACGUCUAGCUAAAUUAUAUAAAAAAUAUAAUUUAUUAUUAAAUUUAACAGCAUUUAAAACAAAUCAUUUAUCAACGAAAACAAUAAUUUAUUCUUGUGCAUCAUUUUGUGGUGGUUGGGGUGAUCGAUUACGGGGUAUUACAUCUGUUUACAUUCUUUCUUUAUUAACGAAUCGUCGUUUUAUGAUUGAUAUGAAUUAUCCUUGUGAUAUUUUGAAAGUAGUUCAACCUAAUUUUGUGAACUGGACAUAUGUUAAGCACGAUAAAUCGAAAAAUCGGACUCGUUUAUUUAUUAAUACGGUGCCUUCAUGGCAAAGAGCAUAUCGAAAUAACAUAUCAAAUUUGAUUAAAUCGAACGAUUUUGUUGAAGCUUGGUCAUCAUAUGAUGAUAUAGUAAUAAGAGCUAAUAGCGACUAUAUGACACUAGCACUUCACAAUACUUAUAUGUUAAAUAAAACUCGACAACUACUCGGUCAAAUUCCUGUAUCGCAAGCUACAAUGCGAUCAUUAUUCGCCCUUCUUUUCGAACUUCUUUUCAAACCUUCUGUUGCUGUUCGCAAUCGAGUUGAUUCUAUAUUGAUAAACUUUCAUAAUCGACAUCUUAUUUGUUUGCAUAUUCGUAUUGGUAAAAAUCCAGCAAAUCCAUUUGAUCAUGCGUUUACAGCUCGAGUGAAUACAACAAAAGCAAUGAUAGAUUUUGUUGAUAAUUAUUUAUUAAACAAAUCUUCAUCGCUUGUUUUUGUGACAUCUGAUAGUAGUCAAGCUGUAUCAGAUAUUUUACGUCAUUAUCCAAGUUCAUCAAUGACGAUUACUGGUCCUAUUUUACAUAUUGAUCGAUUUGAUCGGCAAUCACCAACGAUAUGUGAGGGAUUUAUUAAAGUUAUUGCCGAUUUUUAUCUUUUAGGCGAAUGUCAAACAUCGCUUUUAUCAAAUAGUGGAUUUUCAUUAUGGGCUAAUCAACGAAGAGAAAAUCCAAAUGAAGAAUUAUAUCUUUAUAAUGAAAAUUUAGGACAAAUGAGAAAAGUUACUUAA